UGUCCGCGCAAGGUGUACUUCGAAACAAGUAUCGCGCGUCUUUAACAACCGCAACCAAGAUGACGACGAGCCGCUCCUCCUACGCGAUCCUCGUUCUCUUGGUCCUUGUGACGUAUAUCCUCGUGACUAGAGGUAACCCGAGGUUGGGGAAAAAGCCCCUGGGCCGGGUGCUAGGCAGCGAGAACGCCGUGAUACGCGACUACCCGUACAUGGUGUCGAUAGAGAAGCUGGGGCACUUUGCGGGCAGCGGGGCCAUCCUCAACAGCCGCUACGUCCUCACAACCGCCUCGCGCGCCCACUCGGCCCAGACCCUCGAGUUGAGCAUCCGCGCGGGCACGUCCCUCCGCGGCCAGGGCGGCUUCGUCCACCAGGUCGACAAGAUCGUCCUCCACGAGAAGUACAACCUGACCGACGGAGCGACGGCCCGGCCCACGAGCUUCGACGUGGCGGUCGUGCGGGUGGCCGAGCCCUUCAACUUUGACGAGGAGUGCCAGCCGGCGCGGCUGUUCAACCAGAGCGAGGGAGCGCCCUCGGGGGUAGAGGCGAGGCUUACGGGCUGGGGCGAUCCGGGCACGGGGGAGUUGUCGCUGCAGAUGCAGGUUGCGCGGCUGGCAGUGCUGGAGCGGGGGAGUUGUGGCUCGGAGUUGUCGGAUGGGCAGUUCUGCGCAGGGGGUCCGGGGCGGCAGUUGUGCCGGGGUGACGAGGGCGGGCCGUUGGCACUGGGCAGUAGGCUCGUGGGCAUGGCAGCGUGGGGCUUUGGGUGCGCGGGCUCGACUCUCCCAGCUGUUUUUACCGAGAUCGCGCACUACAGGGACUGGAUCGACGAGCACGCCAAGUUUUGAGGUUUCGUGGGUCGUGGAAAGCUUAAUCGUGGCUAUAAUCUGUGAUAACGCGGGGUAUUCAUUUUUUUUUUUUUUUUUUUUUUUUCCUUCAAAUUUGU